GCCGAGGAGGGAUUGGAGUCCAACCCCAACACGGCGACGACGCGACGACAAAAAGACAAGGAAAUCGCCUUCUCCCCCCUCUUCCUCUCUCGCUCGCUCUCCAAUCCCCCACAAAUUCCCCUCUCCUCUCUCGCUCCCGUCGCGAGAGCAAGCGACGACCAGGUGCUGAAUCCCGUGCGCGUUUGAUGGAUGAUGACUGUUCCGAUGGAUAGUGCUACCUCCGCCUCGUCCUCGCGGGACCUCGCGGAGCGCCUCUUCAACAAGAACAACGAACUCGAAGAUCAGCUCCGCAAGUCCGUGCAGUCCAAACUCCCAUCAGAUCCCAACACAUGGAUUCAGAUGCGUGACAACUUUGAGAAGAUAAUUCUUACAGAUAAUGACUUCUCUGAACAGAAUGAGGUAGAGUAUCUCCUCUGGCAGUUGCACUACAAAAGAAUCGAGGACUUCAGGAGGAGCAUUAGUGCCGCAAGCUCGGCUGCAUCUCAGAGUGGGAAGAACAAUGCCAACCCAGAUCGAGUCAAGAGAAUUAAAUCAGCCUUCAAAAGCUUCCUUUCAGAAGCAACUGGCUUCUAUCAUGACUUGAUGUUAAAGAUCAAAUCCAAUUGUGGCCUUCCACUCGGUUACUUUCCGGAGGGCUUUGAGAAUGCUAGCAACUCUGACAAGAAAACAGCUCAAUUGAGGAAAGGUUUGAUUUCAUGCCAUCGCUGUCUGAUAUAUUUGGGAGAUCUUGCUCGUUACAAGAGCUUGCAUGGUGAUGGUGAUUCUGCUAGUCGUGAAUAUGCUGCCGCUUCUAGUUACUACAAGGAGGCAGCUUCUAUCUAUCCUUCCAGUGGCAACCCUCAUCAUCAGCUUGCUAUACUAGCUUCUUACUCAGGCAAUGAGGUGGUAGCUGUUUAUAGGUACUUCCGAAGCUUAGCUGCGGAUACUCCUUUUAGUACUGCACGGGACAACUUGAUUAUUCUUUUUGAGAAGAAUCGUCAAAGCUAUGGACAGCUGCCAGAUAACAAUAAAGUUCCCAUUGCUAAGAUAUUACCCCCACGGUCAUCUGGGAGGGGCCGAGGACGGGGAGAAGUAAGGUUUCAGCCAAAAGAUGUUAAUACAGAAACAGUUGCAAGGGAACGGGAGUGCAAUAUUCCAGAUACAUUGAAGACCUUCUAUAUACGAUUUGUUAGGCUCAAUGGAAUUCUUUUCACGAGGACCAGUUUGGAAACAUUUGGGGAGCUGUUUUCUUCAGUCAGCAAUGAUUUGCAGAUUCUUCUUUCUUCUGGUCUUGAGGAGGAGCUUAAUUUUGGUUCUGAUGCGGCAGAGAAUGCAUUAUCUGUUGUUAGACUUACCGCCAUCCUUAUAUUCACAGUGCACAAUGUAAAGAAAGAACCGGAUAGCCAGUCGUAUGCUGAAAUUGUGCAACGCAGAGUACUGCUUCAAAGUGCGUUUACAGCUGCUUUUGAGUUUGUUGGACGAAUUCUCAGGAGGUGUUCAGAGCUUCGGGAUGUUGCGUCAAGUUUUUAUCUGCCAGCCAUUCUGGUCUACAUCGAAUGGCUGGCAUCCCAUCCAGAAUUGGCUGUUGAUUCAGAGAUGGAGGAAAAACAUGCAAAUGCCCGAUCUUUCUUCUGGAACCAGUGUAUUGCAUUUAUGAAUAAGCUGGUCCUCACGAACCUUGCAGCUGUUGAUGGUGAUGACGAUGAGGCUUGCUUUUCUAAUAUGAGCAUGUAUGAGGAGGGUGAAACUGGCAACAGGCUUGCCCUUUGGGAAGAUCUUGAAUUGAGAGGUUUUUUGCCAUUAGUUCCUGCACAUAUCAUUUUGGAUUUCUCAAGCAAACAUGCAUUUGGAAAUGUUGGAAGCACCAAGGAGAAGAAAGCACGGGUCCAACGGAUUUUUGCCGCAGGGAAGUCACUGCUGAACUUUGUUCAGAUUGAUCAGUUGAGGAUAUUUUUUGAUCCAUCUUCUAAGAAGUUUGUUAUGGCCAAGAAUCCUCCUGUUUCUAAAGUUGAUGCCCCUCUACAUGAAUCUCCUGAUGUUCUUAAAACAAAUGCAAUUGAAAUGGAGCAUGAAGCUGCUAGAAGAUUUGAUUCAGUUUCUGGUAUGAGUGCAAUUCAGUCGAAAGUGCAGUUGUGUCCUGAAGGAGAUGAUGAUGAAGAAAUUGUUUUCAAGCCUACGGCUUCUGAGAAGUUUCCAAAAGCUCCUUCAGACCUGUCAGUUAAUGGAUACACCCAUCCUGUCCCAGUGUCUGCUCCUGGUUGGCCGACCAAUGCUAAUUUAGUGUCUGUUCAGAGCACUGCAUCAAUGUCUGCAGCUGGUAAUUAUAAUAACACUGCAUCUGUAUCAGUUGCUGGUAAUUAUAACAUUAACCAGUCACUUCCCAUUUCUUCGAUUGGUUGGGCUGUCAAUGGUGAGCAAAAGGUGAUUCCUAGUGCUGCUUCAAGAUUUGAACUCAUGCAGCCUGUUGAGGUGCCUGCUUCCAGCUGGACAAGCAAUGGUACACAGCAUGUUGGUCCUCAGAACACAAUUUCAGCUUGCCCAGAUGUUGCCUCUGACCUGCGGGUAUCUGCCUCAAUGGUUCCACAUUUCAAUAGCCCUGAUUAUUCGAAAUUGCUCAGUGAACAAGAAAUGCUCUUGAUGAAUGGAUUGAAGAAUAUCAACAUAACUGGAAAUGGUUAUCUGGAGCAGAGAUUGCAGGCUGGAUUGAGUGGUUUACAGUUUAUGGGGUAUUUACCUCAGAUACCUGUUGAAUCUGGUGGUAACAUUACAAAUUUGAUACAUAAUCAUAUGAAAAUAACUGGAGAGACCAUCCCCUCUACAUUUGAUUCAGUUGUACCUUCAAUAGCACCAUCGGGUGGCGUACCGCUGAAAUUCACUGAAACACCACUAGCUGCUUCAAAGAAGAACCCUGUUAGUCGUCCGUCAAAGCCUGUUGGACCACCUCCAGGAUUUAAUCAUGUUACCCCUAAGCGUCAAGACGAUUCUAUUUCAGUUGAAAAACUGCAGAGCCCACAGGUCGAUGACUACAGCUGGUUGGAUGGCUACCAGCCAUCAAUGGAUCAUGUUCACAAUUUGAGAGCUGUUUAUCCUGGUGUGAGUGCAAGUAGCACUGCAUUCACCACUACAUUCCCCUUUGCUGGGAAACAACAGGUCUCUGGGGUGCACCCGCAAGGGGCCAUUGAGCAGACAUGGCAAGAUUUCCACCUUUUUGAGCCUGCAAAACAGAAUAUGUUCCAAAAUUUCCCGCAAAGAAGUCAGCAAAGUGGUCAAAUGGCUGAACAAGAGCCAACAAAUUCUAUCUGGUCCAACAGUUACCAUGUGUGACUCGGUAUUUUGUACCAGAAUGAUUGCUGGAGUUGCUGGGGAUCGUUGGAUUAAGUGGCACAGCUUGACCCCCUAUUGAGUUCGGCCCAUACCUGCAGCCCUCUCAUAGUGUUAAAUUUCUUUUGAGAAUGGUAUUCUUUGAAGCAUGGCAAUGGCUGCUGUUAGGUUUGGGAUUGCCAUCGUCUUUGGGCCAAAGAGGGAGUGGAAGAUGAUUGAUCUGUUGGCAGUCUGAUGGGAUGAAUUGUAUGAGGUCUUAAAUGCACAGACACAAAGGUUUGAUGAAACAGACUCGAAUCCAGUGAUUAUAGGCACUCUGCACGUACCAUAUGCUUCAUCUCUCAUUGGACAAGUUAGCUACCACAAGAACGGUGCGAGUGGAUGGUUGUUGGAGCGACUGAAAGGCCAUCAAGUGUGGAUAUCAGUUGGUUCCGCUAUAUGCGAUCUAUCUACGAAUAAAAGUUCGAGGAACAACUAGCAUGUGUCCUAGUCGUUUCUCAAGUAUGAUUACUGUGUCGUUUUAUGAUUUUAUCAUGCUCUGUACCGUUUGGAAACAACGUGUCGGUCGCACUUGUUGCAAGUUGCAAUUAAAUAUUUGGAACAGUUUGUCAUGGUAUUUGUGUGGGACCUAUAUAAAUGGUUUCCGUUUAUCUUUGUCAAAUUGCUUCGUAA